AUGAGAAGGGCUGUGGAUAUUGUGCUGACUGCGCUGCUCGCCGCGUCCCUGUCGUGCCGGAGCGCCCUCGGCGGCUACGGGAUGAGCCUGUUCGCGGCGCAGACCUCUCCCCCGGACCCCUGCUACGACGAGCACGGCAACCCGCGGCGCUGCAUCCCGGACUUCGUCAACUCCGCCUUCGGGAAGGAAGUGAAGGUGUCCAGCACCUGCGGCAAGACGCCCAGCCGCUACUGCGUGGUGACAUCGGCGGAGAAAGGAGACGAGAGGACCAGGAACUGUCACACCUGCGAUGCCUCGGACCCCAAGAAGUACCAUCCUCCGGCGUACCUGACGGACCUCAACAACCCACACAACCUCACCUGCUGGCAGUCUGAGAACUUCAUCCAGUACCCGCAAAAUGUCACAUUGACUCUGUCCCUCGGCAAGAAGUUUGAGGUCACUUACGUGAGCCUGCAGUUCUGCUCGCCUCGACCUGAAUCCAUGGUUAUUUACAAGUCCAUGGACUACGGUAAAACUUGGGUGCCCUUUCAGUUUUACUCGACCCAGUGCAGGAAGAUGUACAACAAGCCGAACAGGGCCGUUAUCACGAAGCAGAACGAGCAGGAGGCCGUCUGCACGGACUCUCACACCGACAUGUACCCUCUGACCGGCGGGCUCAUCGCCUUCAGCACGCUGGACGGCAGACCGUCCGCGCACGACUUCGACAACUCCCCGGUGCUGCAGGACUGGGUCACGGCCACCGACAUUAAAGUCGUCUUCAGCCGGUUGCACACUUUCGGCGACGAGAACGAGGACGACUCGGAGCUGGCCCGGGACUCGUAUUUCUACUCCGUGUCGGACCUGCAGGUCGGAGGGAGAUGCAAAUGCAACGGGCACGCGUCUCGGUGCGUAAAGGACCGGGAUGGGAGUCUGGUGUGCGAGUGCAAGCACAACACCGCCGGGCCGGAGUGCGACAGGUGCAAACCGUUCCACUACGACAGACCGUGGCAGAGAGCCACGGCCAGGGAGGCCAACGAGUGCGUCGCCUGCAACUGCAACCUUCACGCCCGGAGGUGCCGUUUCAACAUGGAGCUGUACAAGCUGUCGGGAAGGAAGAGCGGAGGGGUCUGCCUCAACUGUCGCCAUAACACAGCCGGACGCCACUGCCACUACUGCCAGGAGGGCUACUACAGAGACCUGUCCAAACCCAUCUCGCACAGGAAAGCCUGCAAAGCAUGUGAUUGCCAUCCCGUGGGUGCCGCUGGCAAAACCUGUAACCAAACCACAGGACAAUGUCCCUGUAAAGACGGCGUGACUGGUAUCACGUGCAACCGCUGUGCUAAAGGCUACCAGCAGAGCCGCUCGCCCAUUGCCCCCUGCAUAAAGAUUCCAGUUGUACCUCCUACAACCCCAUCCAGCAGCACGGAGGAGCCAUCAGACUGCGAUUCUUAUUGCAAGGCGUCUAAAGGCAAACUGAAGAUCAACAUGAAGAAGUACUGCAAGAAAGAUUACGCUGUCCAGGUGCACAUCCUGAAGGCGGACAAGGCGGGGGAGUGGUGGAAGUUCACCGUCAACAUCAUCUCCGUCUACAAGCAGGGCGAGAGCCGCAUCCGCCGCGGGGACCAGUUCCUGUGGGUCCGCGCCAAAGACGUGGCCUGCAAGUGUCCCAAGAUCAAGCCCGGGAAGAAGUACCUGCUGCUGGGGAAUGACGAGGACUCCCCCGGGCAGAGCGGAGUGGUGGCGGACAAAGGCAGCCUGGUUAUCCAGUGGAGGGACACGUGGGCGCGCAGGCUCAGGAAGUUCCAGCAGCGCGAGAAGAAAGGCAAGUGCAAGAAGCCAUAGGUGGAAAAAGAUGGAGAGGAUGCCGGAGGCGGGAGGAGAAUUCAAGAGAAAAGCUGAGCGGGUCAUGUAAAAAAAAUAAAAAAAUAAAUAAGAUUAAAAAAAACAAACAAACGAACAAACGAGAGGCAAACAGAGGACCACGGACAGACAAGAGACUGUUUAUGUCGCUGCUUUUUUGUGUAGAAGCAUGAAGAGAAUUAUUUAGGAUGAUUUGUUUUUCUAGUGAACUUUUGUUGAAGGAGCUCACCUUGCAGAUUUGGUUUUAUCGUUUGUUUUACUUCGAGGUUUUGUCUCUCUUGUGGAUUUGCCGAAUUUGCACCUAUUACCAGCAUAUAAAGUUAUUUGUGUUCGUUUUCUUUAUCUCAAUAUGAAAUCAUUAUAUUUUAUGUUUGAAUUUUAUGGACAGUUUCUGCGGGUGCAAAAAUGACACAGAAAAAGCCACUUAAUUACCACUGCAAUUUUGCCUCUGCAUGGUUUUCUUGUUGUAUUCUUAGCCGAGACGCAAGCUUGUCUUCACUGAUCUGAUUGAGGCAGUUCUGUUUCCUAUGUUAAGAAUUGUGCCAUAUACACUUUUGUUUGUAAGCCACAGAAAUGCUGAGUAUUUAGCUGUCACUGAGCUACCAUUCA